AACAGACCCUUUUCUAUCUCUUUUGAGCAGAGGAAGCGCCAAACAUCGCCAGUUUUCGUCAAUUGAACAAUUCCGUACUCAAGGACCGCACCAUGUCUCCAAUCCUUGGAUCGAAAUUCUCCAAGGUCCUGCUUCUUGGCAGUGGGUUCGUCGCGGGACCGUGUCUUGGGGUCUUAUCGGACUCUGGCGUCGCUGUCACUGUCGCUUGCCGUCAUAUCAAGGCUGCCGAGGAACUGGCCAAAGGUGUCAAACACGCAUCUGCGAUCUCCCUCGAUGUUAACAAUACCGACGCCCUGGAGGCCGCAGUUGCAAAGCAUGAUCUUGUUAUCAGUUUGGUUCCUUAUGUCUGCCACCCUCAGGUUAUUAAAGCUGCUAUUAAGGAAAGGAAGAAUGUUGUCACUACUUCGUAUGUGAGCCCUGCUAUGAUGGAGCUUAACCAGGAGGCCAAGGAUGCCGGUAUCACGGUCAUGAAUGAGAUUGGUCUCGACCCUGGUAUCGACCAUCUGUACGCUAUCAAGACCAUCGAGGAUGUUCAUUCCAAGGGUGGCAAGAUCCUGAGCUUCCUUUCUUACUGCGGUGGGCUUCCGGCCCCCGAGGCCUCUGGGAAUCCUCUUGGUUACAAGUUCUCCUGGUCUUCUCGUGGCGUCCUACUUGCCCUGCGUAAUCCGGCAAAGUACUACAAGAACGGAAAGGUCGAGGAAAUUGACGGAGCCAGGCUCAUGGAGACUGCAAAACCGUACCUCAUCUAUCCAGGCUUUGCGUUCGUUGCCUAUCCCAACCGCGAUUCCACCGUAUACAAGGACCGCUAUGCCAUUCCCGAGGCACAAACUGUCAUUCGUGGUACUCUCCGCUACCAGGGAUUCCCGGAAUUUGUCCGUACUCUCGUCGACACUGGAUUCCUAUCUGACGAGCCUCUUGCCUUCCUUAAACCUUCUGACACCCCUCUCCCGUGGAAGACCGCUCUAGCAAAGAUCCUUGGGUCGUCCUCCGAGAAGGAGGAGGACCUCAUUUGGGCCAUUUCUUCGAAGUCCAAAUUCAGGGACAACGAGGAGAAGGAACGUAUCAUCAAUGGGAUGAGGUGGCUGGGUAUGUUCAGUGAGGUUAAGAUCAUACCAAGGGGUAACCCCUUAGACACCCUGUGUGCCACUCUGGAGGAGAAGAUGCGGUAUGGACCUGGGGAGCGUGACAUGGUUAUGCUGCAACACAGGUUUGGUAUUGAAUCCGCCGAUGGCUCUAAGGAAACCCGUACCUCUACCCUUGUAGAAUAUGGGGAGAGGGUAGGAUAUACCUCCAUGGCCCGCCUAGUUGGUAUCCCAUGUGCUGUGGCCGCCAAGUUGGUGCUCGACGGGACUAUCUCGGAUAAAGGGAUUCUCGCUCCGGUUACAGAAAAGCUCUGUGAUCCUCUCAGGAAGGAACUCAAGGAUGCCCAUGGGAUUGAGUGUAUUGAGGAGGUCGUCGUUUGACGAGCAAGAGUGUGAAAAGGGCAAAUUGUCAAAAUCGUGUUAUUAGGGUUCUCCCAUCUAGACAAUUUCUUAUCAUAAAAUUCAGAUGUUUUCAUUCGA